GCUUGGAUAGUAGUCACUUUAUUCAAUUGAAGAUUCCCAACCAUUUGCGGAUGAAGGUGAGGAGCUGAUGAACUCACGAAGGCUAUCCGUCAUGACAGUCUAUAUCCAGGAGCUCAACUUUUGAUAGAAUUUGUGGUUUGGCCAAUUGGCUUAACAAGCUCAUUGAUGACCAUGGACAUUAUUGUGAGCGAUGAGUUCGACUUGGCUACUUCCGACAUUUUAUCUCUAAUAUUACCCACUGGGUUGCUGACGCUGGUUUAAGUUGAACUUGCACCUUGUGAUCAUCAUCAUCCAACUGUGACAAUGUGUAGAUCUUGUGGACUGUCUCGCUGAAUGUGUCUCGAGUGACUCUGAUGCUGUCCGUGGUUUCGAAGGUUGGGCGUUGCUAAGUUGGAAUGAAUUUGGGACGAAGUGCAUAGGACACACUUACAAGUAGGCGGGAUUUCAAUUCUGCAAAAUGAGAAAGGUCAGAAAGAAAACCCCUCUUCCUGAGAUACAGGAAGAAGGGCUCCUGACUCCACUUCGUAGAGGGCAAUCUGCAUAUGUUCAAUCAACGAGCACAGACUUCAGAAGGUUCACUGACUUGGAGUCGGGACCGCAAAGUGAGCCCUCCCUCACCUCACAUGUUGAGAUGGCAGCUGCUCUGGUUGAUCAGGCGAUGAUGGGCAGGUGGAUGCCAUUGGCUGUGGUGUAUCACAAGGACUAUCAGAGUGCCAAGAGCGCUUUUCUGCUGUAUCACCAAUUUUUUUUUGUCAGAGGCAUCGUAUAUUUUCUGUUGAUGGUUCUUCCAUUUUUCGAGAUUCCUGCAUGGUGUGAUGGCGAUCUGCCACAUCCUUGUGGAGACCCACAAAAGUACCCUCUCAGUGGCUUACCUUAUAUUCGUCCAUGGAUAUCUGUUACUAUUCAGGUGUUUUGUGUAAUGGUGCUAGUUUGGUCCGUCUGCCUCCAAUGGUAUUUUCUAAGGGCGCAAUUUUGGGUUGGUCGCGUGGGAGUAUACAAGGUGGUAGUUUUAAGUUUGAUGGUAAUUUCUACACUUACCUCGACUAUCGGAUUAUCUGAAUUGCGUGGAAUCAACUUAUCCAUGUACAUUCGGCUACUAGUUCCUAUCGUCUUUAGCAGGGCUAUACGAGGUUGUUUCCGUAUGACAAUGCGAAUUGUACACACGUUUAUGGAUAUAGCGGUGCUGGUAGGGACAUUUGUAUUACUCUCAGCCUGGCUGGCAACAACAAUAUUCUCAGAGACGUCGGUUGAGUUCAAGGACUUCAGCACAUCCCUGCUAAGCCUAUUUGUGCUGCUAACAACUGCAAACAAUCCUGUUGUUUGGGCUUCAACAUAUGAUACCAACCGCUUGGCAUUCUUCUUCUUUUUCUUCUACAUGAUUGUGGGGUUAUACUUCUUGAUGAACUUGGCUUUCUCCGUGAUUUACAGCAGUUACAAAGCACAGAUGGCUGUUGAGGUUGCUAAGCGUAUAACAGCACGUCAAGGAAAUUUGAGGGCGGCUUUCAGUUUGUUAGAUACUCGCCAUCAAGAAUGGAUCGAUGGUGCAACAAUGGUUGCCCUUUUCCUAGCUAUUGGUCGCUACAGGCACAUACCUGAUGUUCGAGCUCGGGCUAGCCGACUUUUCCUUGCCCUCAACAAACGUGGAGAUUUCAAGAUCUGGUCUGAUGAGUUUGAAGAACUCUGUGAUGUUAUUGCAAAAGAGGUGGAACGGCAACCAGUUAUUUCACGUCUGAAGAGGCGCCGCAGCAACUCUGAUAUUAACUUCAUAAAACACCCCUUUUACAAUUACGUCAUCUGGGCUUUGACACUCUCUUCUCUAUCGAUUGCCAUUGCCGCACUGAAUGUCGGUGGGGCAGUGCAAACGUUGUUGAUCAACCUUGAAUUUCUAUUCGGCUGGAUUUUUGUUAUGGAUGGUGUGCUGAAGGUAUGUAUACAAGGUUGGAAAUUCUAUUGGAGCAUUCAUGUAAACCGAUUUGAUUUUGUUGUCACAUUCCUGAUUGUGGCUGUUCAAGCUGUAUCCCAUUUCCAUGACGACGCUCGAAUCUGGGUUUCUUACUUAAUCAUGGCUCGUAGCUUUCGAGUUCUUGCGCUUGUCACUAUGAUCUCUCGCUGGCGUUUGAUGGGCGAAACAUUGGUACACGUGAUUCCGGCAACUGCUCCGAUACUGGUGCUUCAGUUCCUCGUCUGUUCUCAUUUUGCCUUACUGGGAAUGCAUCUCUUCGGGGGCCUUAUUUACAAGGAGAACGCUGCGUUGGCAUACACCGAGUAUGCACAACAUGAGUUUUACGCAUUCAAUUUCAACGACUAUGCGUCAGCGAUGGCUACAUGCUUCAAUUUGUGUGUUGUGAACAAGUGGUAUGUUAUAAUGGACGCAUAUGCAGCGGUUACUGGAACUAGGUGGAGUCGCACUUAUUUCAUAGGUUUCUGGGCCAUUGCAGUAGCUUUCACCCUCAAUGUUGUUGUGGCUUUCUUUGCUGAGGCAUUCACCAGCCAAAUGGAGAAAGCUGAGAAGCUCAAGGCUCGAGAAAAGAGAAGUUCAGAACAGGAAUUGUUACCUCGUGCUGGUGUUUUGAUGAGGAAGAAAUCUGGUGGUGGUGCUGGUAGCUUGCCACGUCGAACAGCGAAGUCUCUGUCAUACUACGAUUUAUAUGAAGAUAUUGUUAAGAAAACUUAAAAUAUCCCUCAUUAUGUUCCUUAAUUAGAUUAUUAACUGUAUUUAGCAGGAUGAUGGUAGUCUUCACUUCUGGGUACUCAGAACUAGGAUAUCGAUGCCAACUAUCUUGACCUCACUUAGCAGCCAACUGCUGCUUGUGGCGUUUGAUUUGAGAGGACUGCCUUGUCACCAAGAUGGAAAGGUUUAUUUCAAUUCUUCUUACAGUUAGUCCUGAAUUACUCAGUUUCAAACCAUUUAGUCAUUAUCUGUAAAAUCUGCAAAUAGAAGUAAGAAGUAUAUGGUAGCCAUUGAGCCUCGCUCUCUUGCAUUGCCACCUGGUUUGCUGAAAUUCUAGAGAGAUGUAGAUGUGAAUUAGGUAGUUCUAGCUUCAGCGGCUGGACUCUAAUCCAGUUCUGACCACCUCUGAGUUUAUGAACAUGUGUACGAGGAGAAAUGCACAACUCCCAACUUAAGCGAGGAUGGGUCUUGGUUUAAAUUAAUGUAUUAGGUAGCAUGUAGAAUAGCAGUUUUGGUGUAUUCUCACAACUAAUUAGUAGGCUUGUGGAGGA